AUGAUGAACGGAAGAAGAGAUUCGCUGCCGAACGGCGGCGAGACGGACCCGCGCCUUGAGUGGUUCGCGUCCCGCAUCAAAAGUUGCCUCUUCGGCGUCGGAGAUGACUCCAUUGAGGAGCUCUUUGGUGAUGGGGCGGCAACCGCUAUGAUUCUGGCGGCCUUCGAGAGUGAGAAAGAACGGUUCAUCUCCAUCUCCACCCGAGAGGGUGCCACAGCAGAGAGCGCUGUGGGGAACAGGACGUCCGCGGAGUCAUCGCGUAAGAAGCCACCGAAGCUGAUAGCCUUGACACGGGCCAUUCAAAACACGAACAUCACUGGCUCUUCCAACUAUCCACCGGAUCGGACGAGAUGCAUCUUUUUCGUCCGCGUUGACAAUGUACAGUUAACCCAGGAGCUCGUGCAGGACUGGAAGACAAACCCCCGGUGUCCGAUUCACAGGGCGUUUGAGAUUUCGAGCAUGAUGGUGCCAUCUUUGGCCUCAUUCCACACGCUGCUGAAGUACGCCUAUAGACCUGUAGUGGAGGACGUGGAGGCGGCGGCGGGUCGGAACAGGUCGGUUGCCAUCAAGAAGGUCGCCAAUAGACACCUCUACACAGAGAUCUUGAAUUGGGUGCACCGCCUCGACAUGCAGAUGACUGGCUUCCGAAAUCAAGUUUGUGCAGAGCGACGCUUGCCGAUGCCGCAGGCACUUGUGUCAAUGGGCUACUCUGACUCGGGGAUGAAGUCCGCCAUCGCCAACGAGGACGUCAUCCGGCAGAUCGACAUCACGGUGUCGCAGUGGCAAGCAGAGAUCAGUUAUGCCAUGUCGCUGGACCCACAGAAGGAAGGACCACUUGGGGAGAUUGAGUACUGGCGCGAGAAGUACAGCACCAUCAGUGCUCUUUAUGAACAGAUUAACUCCCCACAAGCGAAAUUCAUUCUGAAGGUGGCGAAGGAAGCGGAGUGCAAUUCGUUCCACCUCAUCUCUACGACAAUUCAGCAAUUUUUCCGCCAGUACGCUGAGGCGAAAGACAACGUAAAGUUCCUUGGUACACUGGACCGCCACUUUCGCACCUUCCACGGCGUAACGCCAGGCACAGGCUCCCUUCAACCUAUCAUUGACACACUCGCUUCGAUGAUGACCGGAAUACGCAUGGUAUGGAUUAUCUCACGCUAUUACUGCACGGAGGAACGCAUGGUAGGUUUGUUAGAGAAGAUUGGGAAACUUAUUGCGCAAAAGGUUUCGCAACAUAUUGACUUUCGUAGAAUUUUGAGCUUACCCUUUGCAGAGGCGAAGGCCAAAGUCGUUGAGGGGCAACAAUGCUUGCUAAAGUGGAAAUCGACCUACAUUAAUGUGCAGGAGGAGAUCAACAGCAGCGAGCGUGAACAGCCUUGGAACUUUAGCCAUAAGCGGUUAUUUGAAACAACUGACUACAUGUCAGACCGCUGUACCGAUCUUCUUGAGGUGAUUGAGACAGUGGAGUAUUACACCAUGGUGUUGGGCGCGCAAUUGAAAACGGUGCUUACUGAUACAAGUGGGAUUGAGCGCAUCUUGAAGGAUGUGGAAAAGGUCAAACGGCCCUUUGAAACGCUCACGUUUGACCCGUUCGAGAGGAAGGCGACACACAACUGGCAGGUGGUCUUUUCCAAUUUUGUAAACACCGUCGCUAAUUUGGACCAUGAGGUUUCCGCCUUUAUUAACAAGAUUUUUGACGACGAUCUCCGUAGUGCAGAGUCGGCGUUUGAGCUCUUGCUCUCCUUCAAAUGCAUCGCAGCACGUCCCCAGCGGGCAGGGGAGGCGUUCGAUACCGCCUCGUUACUCUCUGAGAAGGCAGAUCGCAUUUUGGCGCAGUACUUCAGUGAGGUGGAACGUGUUCGAGACAUCUUCCUCGAGCACAAGGACAAUCCCCCACUGACGAAGAAUCAGCCACUUGUUGCCGGUUCUAUUCACUGGAGCACAUCGUUGUUUCAGCGUCUCAAGAAACCUAUUAUUCGCUUCCAGCAGGAAGGGAUGCUGACCACGACAAUGGGUCGACAAGUGCGAGCGAAGUACGUGGAGAUGGCACGACAAAUGAAGGAGUACGCUACCUCCCGCUUUGUUCAGUGGAGCGAUGGGGUGCGGCAAAGUACCACGGCAUCACUCAAGAUGAAUAUUCUCCGAAAGGGUGCUGAAGACACGUAUGUGACGAACUUUGAUAUGACUCUCUUUGAUGUGAUACGGGAGGCGAAAUACCUGGACCGUCUCGGCUUUGAGGUGCCGCAAGAAGCCCUUAACGUAACGCUGCAGGAUGAAUCGUAUCACGCAAACGUGGAUGCGCUCAAGGCAAUGCUGCUUAGCUUCAAUUUUGAGUUACAGAGCGCACUAGAAGGCCCUGAGCGCGUUAUUUUAGCUAAAAACAUCCGUGAGCUGAAGCUUGCACUGGAGCCUGGAAUUCACGACAUCAACUGGACGAGCUUGGGUAUCCCCGACUUUGUGAUGAACUGUGAACGGGCCAUCACGAAGUUCCGCAACUUGAGCCGUGAGGUGCGCAAACGGGCGGACCACAUUCAGACACAGGUCGUCAACAAGAUUGGAUCAACUAAACUUAUGCCAGAUUAUGAGAACUUGCUGCAGGCGGGUGGCGAGUUGCCGGAGCUUCAGGUCCUCGUCGACACUAUUGAGCGGCGCCGCUCAGAUCUCGUGGAUGCGUGUGUGCGUGCCUACCGCACCGCGAAGCCGUUGUUAACGAAGGUGGAGAGUCAACUCGUUGGAACUCACACAGGAAAGUGUCUCUCACUUGAGAGCUACUACCACCACUGGGAGCAUCGCAUCUGGAAAGCACUUACGAGGAUGGUACUCAAUUCGCUUGCAGCCUUUGCAAAAAUGCUUGGAUACCGAGGAUCUUCUUCGUCUGGAAAGCGUCCACCUCUGUUCAAAGUGAUGAUAUUCCUGACAACAGAGCCUGCGUACUCACCACAGCAGCAGGAAAUCACAAGUGCUUUCCACAAGGUGCAAUCGGGUAUCAUUGAGUCAACACAGCGCUUCCGACGCUGGAUGCGGGGAACUUGUAUUGAGUUCACGCAAGGAGAGCUGGUGCCAAGGCCGCCUGAGGGUGAACAAGAAACACUCUUCACUUAUUAUCAGGACAUCAACAACCUUUCUCAGGUCUACAGACUUCAAGCGAUCAUCAACCGUACGAUUCAGACCCACCUUUCUGCCCUUGCAACUAAUAUCAAAGUACUUCAGCGGUUCCGCUUCAUCUAUCUGGCAGACAAGAAGCUCUCAGUGGAGCAGCAGGCCAAAAGUCAAUUCCAUUGGAUUGAUUACGACACAAAGUUUCAAUUAUACUUUGAUAUGAUUUCAGACUUUGACUCUGAGGGACACAUAAAAGACUUUGGGUUCAUGCGGUGUGACGAAAGUGCCUUUUAUGCCGAGCUCGUGGAGCACGUGUACCAGUGGAUUGCAAUGGAAGGUCAACAGAUGAACGACACCGUUCGAACACGUAUGCAGAAGCGCUUUACGAGCAUUAUUCAUGUUAACCAUGACUUGCAGAAACCCUGUGAGAAGAUAGACGACCUGAAGUUUGUGCUGGAGGUGAUGCAUGACGCACGUACCUCAUCAUUGGAUGUGGAGCAGGACAUCAGUGAUAUCAAGUACAUUUACGAAUCCAUCAUGCACUUUGGUGUCAAGGUGGACCCUGAUGAGCUUAAACAGGCGAUGGGCCUCCGCGAUCUAUGGGAGUGCACACUGGCGCGACUGCACGAGACUGAAAAGAUGCUGGAACCAAAGAAGCUUCGAUUUAGGGAGCACACACGUGCUGAGGUGACUAGCUUCCUUCAGAAAGGUUGUGAUGUGCUUCAGGAGUUUCACGAGAAGGGACCUGGUCGCUCCGGCAUCGACCUCCACGAAGGUGUUCUUCUUAAAAAGGAGUGGCGUGAACACUUGGUGAAGCUCCAAGCGAGACGUGACCAACUCACCAAGGCAGAGAAGUUAUUUGGGUUGCCUUUAACUGGUCAUACACACUUACAGCAGCUCAACGAGGAGCUCACCAAGGUGGAGACAGUAUACGAAUUGUAUGAGGAAUGGGUUGCCAUUCUGAAGCGCUGGAACCGCAGCAGCUGGAAGGACCUUCUCCUGGAGGAUCUACAGAACACGACGGAGGAGAGGGUGAAGCGUGCACGCGUCCUUGGCAAGACCCACGGUGAUGUAGAGCCCUUCCGUGAUGUGCAGUUGGUCAUUUUGAAUUUCCACUCUUCUUUGCCGCUACUGGCAAAACUCAAGAGCCCUGCGUUAAAGCAGCGUCAUUGGAUGGAGCUGAUGCGUGUGACGGGCAAACAGUUCUCUAUUGAGCAAAUCAACUUGGACGACUUUAUUUCGAUGGAACUGUACCGUUUCACAGAUGAGAUUGAUGGUAUUGUUAUGGCAGCAGCCAGGGAGCAGGCAGUGGAAAAGGAUAUUACGGCAGUGAAGGAUUUCUGGGCGAAGGCAGAGUUUCUGCCCGUUCCAUACGAACCGCGGAAGGGUGACGUGCGCUGCAGCGUUCUCAGUGACACGAGUGAAAUCCAAGAGGCAGUUGAUGACAACAUUCUCAAGAUGCAGUCAAUCGCUAAUGUGAAAUGGGCGCAGCCAUUCAUGGAAGAUGUAAAACUUUGGGAGAAGAAACUGGCAAUGAUCAAUGAUGUAAUUGCUGUUUGGGUCGUGGUGCAGAUGAAGUGGCAGUACUUGGAGUCUAUUUUUAAAGGCAGUGACGACAUUGCCAACCAGCUUCCGAAGGAAACUGCAAAGUUCAAUGACUUGGACAAGAAGUUUCUUCGCAUCAUGAACGAAACAGCUGCAACACCGAACGUGGACAUAAGUUGCAACGUCACUGGCCGGCUCGAUGAGUUCCGCUACUUGGAGGAAAGACUUGAGGAAUGUCAGAAGGAUCUUUCCAACUACCUCGAGACAAAGCGGCGCAUGUUCCCGAGAUUUUACUUCAUUUCUGAUGAUGAACUACUCUCUAUUCUCGCUGCAAGCGGUGCCAAGUCGGUGCAGGAUCAUAUGUUGAAGAUGUUCGACAAUUGUGCUAGACUUCUGUUCAAGAGCGAGGAGGAUGAAACAAUCUGCGGUGUUGAAUCACAGGAAGGGGAAAGGGUGGACUUUGAUCGUCCAGUGCCGACCGAAGGUUUGCCAGUGGAGGAGUGGCUGCUGAGCGUGCUGGAGGAGUCACAUUCCACGCUACAUGACUUUCUUAAGGCGGGCGUAUACUACUACCCACGCAUGAACCGCCUUGAAUGGGUGAAGAAGUACCACGGUAUGGUAACCCUAACUGGGGCGAAGGUUUGGUGGACUUUCGAAGUGGAAGACGCCUUUAACGCCUGCAAGAAGGGAAAGAAGAGUGCGGUAAAAGAGCUAUCAGGGAAGUUAACGCGUCAACUGAUUGACCUCGUUGGAGAGAUGGAUAAGGAUAUUGAAAAACAGUAUGCAAAGAAGAUUAAUACUCUUAUCAUCGUGGAUGUGCAUGGCCGUGAUAUUGUCGAUCGGUUUGUCCGGGACUCAGUAACAAAUGCCCGUGAGUUUGACUGGGAGUCGCAGUUGCGUUUCUACUGGGAGCGUGAAGGUGACACUUGUGUGAUUCGCCAGUGUACUGGCUGCUUCAACUACGGAUACGAGUACAUGGGGCUGAACGGUCGCCUCGUGAUUACACCACUAACCGACCGCUGCUUCAUGACAUUGACACAGGCGCUUUCCUUCUUCCUUGGUGGCGCCCCCGGCGGUCCGGCAGGGACUGGUAAGACGGAGUCGGUGAAGGACCUUGCCAAGGCGCUAGCGAUUCAGUGCGUCGUAUUCAACUGCGGUGAAGGUCUUGACUAUAAAGCGAUGGGCACUAUCUUCUCUGGGCUCUCGCAGUCCGGCUCGUGGGGUUGCUUUGAUGAGUUCAACCGUAUCGAACUGCCGGUGCUGUCAGUGGUGUCGGAGCAGCUGCGCAGUAUCCAGAGCGCAUUAAAGGCUGGUGACAAGGAGUUUCUCUUUGGUGACAGUACCAUUCGUCUAGUGCCCACGGUCGGUGUCUUCAUCACGAUGAACCCCGGGUACGCUGGUCGUGUUGAGUUGCCCGACAACCUCAAGGCGCUGUUCCGCCCUGUGGUGAUGGUGGUGCCGGACAUGGAGCUUAUUGCGGAGAACAUGCUCUUUUCGGAGGGCUUUACAACGGCGCGUGAGCUGGCGAAGAAAAUGGUGACGCUCUACCAGCUCGCCAAGGGGCAACUCUCGAAGCAGCACCACUAUGAUUGGGGGUUGCGUGCGUUGAAGGCAGUUCUUGUGAUGGCAGGUCAACUGAAGCGUGGGUCACCAGAACUGACGGAGGAGUCAGUCCUGAUGCGUGCACUGCGUGACAUGAACACACCAAAGUUUAUCGCAGAGGAUGAGCCACUGUUCAAGGGCCUCAUCGGCGAUCUCUUCCCGGGCCUUGACCCAACACGUGCCCCGCAGGAGAACCUCUCACGGGCUGCUAGCAAGGUGUUCAAGGAAAAGGGCUUCUACAUUGAUGCAAAGCAGGUUGACAAGGUGGUCCAGUUGUACGAGACAAUGCAGACACGGCACACCUCCAUGGUUGUUGGCCCCACCGGCGGCGGCAAGUCAACUGUUAUUGACUGCCUCUGCAAGGCACAGACGAACCUCGGUUUGCCAACGAAGCUGUAUGUCAUCAACCCCAAGGCUCAGCCCACCACCGUUCUGUACGGCGUCAUGGACCCUCUCACCCGUAGUUGGACCGACGGUAUAUUUUCCAACAUCUUCCGUUCCAUCAACCGCCCACUUGAGAAUGGAGAGCGCGAACGCCGGUAUGUGGUGUUUGACGGUGAUGUGGAUGCGAAAUGGGUAGAAGAUAUGAACUCCGUUAUGGAUGACAACAAGCUGCUUACCCUCCCCAAUGGCGAGCGUAUUCGUCUACGCCCGACAAGUUCUCUGCUCUUCGAAGUUGGAGAUCUACAGUACGCCUCUCCUGCAACAGUUUCACGUGUUGGUAUGGUAUUCCUUGACCCGGUGAAUCUUGGUUGGCAGCCUUUCAUAUACUCAUGGAAGCUGAGGCGCCCCAAGGAUGAGCUGGAAACUCUGAACGAACUCAUCGAGAAGUAUGUGGGGCCACUCCUCGGCUUCAUGCUCGACGGCAUCGAUGGUGAAAUGCUGACAAACCCACCGAAGCUUGUGAUACCGACCAGUGAUCUGAAUAUGGUGAGGCAACUGACCACCAUGCUGAACACCGUCUCUCCGCAGCGAGCGGCACUAGAGCCCAAGGCGCUGCAAUGCGUCUUUCUCUUCUGCUGCGUAUGGAGCUUCGGUGCUCUAAUCAGCACUGCGGAGGAUCGCGUGCGAUUUGACAAGUAUCUCAAGAAGAUCAGUGGAUGGAACCUACAGGAUGUGGGUGACAACUUCCUCACGCGUUUUGUUGGAAGUGGGUCCCUACCAGAGCGCAAGACUAUGUACGACUACUUUUUCGACCUUGAGGACAAUAGGUGGAAACCGUGGCACAUUCUCGUUCACCCGUUUGAGCGUCCGCCAGGGACGAAGUUUGGCUCGCUGCUGGUGUCGACGGUCGACACGGAACGGAACAUGUGGCUCCUCAACAAGAUAGUGCUAAACCGCACACCUGUGAUGCUUGUAGGUGAAAGUGGCACCGCCAAGACGGUAACUAUACAGGCGUAUCUGCGACAGUUGAAGCAGAAGUCCCUUGAGGCGAACGCCAGCACUGAUGAUGAAGUGCAUCUGGAGGAGAUGCUGCUGGAGAUGAACUUCAGUUCUCGCACCACCAGCCUCGACGCUCAGCGCGCCAUGGAGGAUAACAUCGAAAAACGCACCAACACAGUCCUUGGACCCCCAGCAAAGAAGCGGCUUGUUGUGUUUGUUGAUGAUAUCAACAUGCCGAGGGUGGACUUGUACGGAACCCAGCAGCCAAUCGCUUUCUUAAAACUCCUCGUUGAGCACCACUCGUGGUAUGACCGGAAGGAUUUGCUCUUCAAGGACGUGCGGGACACUCAGUUUGUUGCUGCAAUGGCACCACCUGGUGGUGGCCGCAACACACUUGACCCACGUUUCGUGUCACUUUUCACCGUGUUCAACAUUUUGUUCCCAUCGGAUGAGUCGAUUAACACCAUCUACGGGCAGAUUCUCCGAGAUGCUUAUAAGUCAAUGACAAAGGAGGUGAGUGAUCUGCCGGACCAACUGACAGCCAUGACGCUCAGUCUGUACCAGCAGGUCUUUGCCGCACUGCCAGCAACACCCGCAAAGUUUCACUACAUCUUCAACUUGCGUGACCUCUCGCGUGUGUACGAGGGAUUGUGCCGAGCCACACUGGAGAAGUUCCCGGAGACCAAUCAGAUUGUUCGGCUGUGGCGAAACGAGAUUACCCGUGUAUUUGUUGACCGCAUGGCAGAUGCGGAGGACAAGAACUUCGUUGCACGUCUCGCCCAGGAAGAGAUUGAGAGGCACUUCCCCAGCGCGGUGGAGUACGCAUUAGCAGAACCGUUUAUGUUUGGUGAUUUUGGUGACUUUGAGCCGGAUAGCGAUGUGGAGCGGCUGCACAUCUACGAGGACUUUGGGGCUGAGUUCGACAAGGCCCGUGCCCUUGUCGAGGCGGUUCUUGAUGAAAUCAACACACCGACGAAGAAGAUGGAUUUGGUGAUGUUUGACAUGGCACUGGACCAUUUGCUGCGCAUCAUACGCGUUAUUUCACUUCCGCGUGGCAACUGCCUUUUGGUUGGCGUCGGCGGUAGUGGCAAGCAGUCGCUCACAAAGUUGGCGUCAGCCACGUGCCAGAUGGAGGUGUUUGAGAUUGUUCUCUCACGCAAUUACAAUGAGGAUGCCUUCCGUGAAGAUCUGAAGCGCCUAUACGCCCGUGUUGGCGUACAGAAAAAGAAGGUUGUCUUCCUCUUCAUGGACAGCCAUGUGAAGGAGGAGGGUUUCCUGGAGCUUAUCAACAACAUGUUGGCCUCCGGCAUGGUGCCCGCGCUCUUCACGGAGGAAGAAAAGGAGCCGUUGUACAACAGCGUCACAGAGGAAGUGGAGGCGGCUGGCCUCCUGCCCUCAAAGGACAACAAGUGGACCGCCUUUGUCUCGCGUUGCCGUGACAACUUGCAUGUUGUGCUCUCCAUGAGUCCAUCAGGCGAUGUUCUGCGCACCCGGUGCCGCAGCUUCCCUAGCCUCAUCAACAAUACGACAAUCGACUGGUUCCAGAAGUGGCCUGCCCAGGCACUCGAGGCCGUGGGCAAGCGGAUGCUCAAGGACGAGGACCUGCCGGAGGAGAUGAAGCGAAUUAUCGCUAGCCACGCGGUGUACGUUCACAUGACAGCAGAUGAACUUUCCACGCACUAUCUCGUGGAACUAAAACGCCACAAUUAUGUCACGCCCAAGAACUUCCUUGGAUUCCUGGCGAACUACUCGCGGCUCCUUAUCACGCGCCGCGAGGACAUUGAUGACUUGGUCAACAAGUUCGCAAUUGGUCUGGAGAAGCUCGACCGCGCCCAGGAGGAUGUGAAGGUGCUGCAAGAGGAGCUUGCUGAGAAGGAGGUGACGUUGCGUGAGAAGCAAGAGAUCAACGAGCGCAUGACGAAUGAAAUCAAGGAGCAGAAGACACGGAAUGAGAAACGCAAGGCGGAAGCGUUGGUGAUGGAAGAGGCUCUCAAUGUGCAGAGCGCAGAGAUAGAGAAGGAGAGCGCUGAGGCGCAGGAGGUGCUCGACCUCGCGAUGCCAGCCCUCGAGGAGGCGAUGGAGGCAGUCAGUCACAUUAACCCGAAGAGCAUUACAGAGUUAAAAUCCUUCGCGAAGCCGCCAGCGAGUGUGGUGGCAGUGGUGCGUAUGGUGUGUGUCGUCAAGGGUGUCGCUGCCACAUGGGAAUCAGGAAAGAUUAUGAUGGGACAGAAUGAUUUCAUUCGGUCACUAAUUGACAUUGACUCCCUUGCACCGACACUGAACCAGGGUAAGAUCAAUGAGAUCAACAAGAUCCUCAAAGAGUUUCCCGUCAAUUCAAACGACUUGAAGAAAGUAAGUCUGGCUGCGUCCGGGCUGAUGAUAUGGGUGGAGGCGAUGAAGGCGUACUGGAAUACCGCAAAGGAGGUGCUGCCCAAGCAAGCACGUGUGCGUGAGCUACAGGAGGCAAAGGCCAAUGCCGAGAGGCAGCUGGGGGCGUGCCAGGACGAGAUUGAACAACUCACAGUGAGUCUGCAGCGGCUUGAAGAACAGCUUGAGGCGGGCAUGAAUGAGGCACGUCAACUUCAGCAGGAGAAGGCACUGAUGGAGCGGCGCCUCAACGCUGCACGUCGUCUGCUCGACGGUUUCGGCUCUGAGAGGGUGCGUUGGGCACACCAGAAGCGAACUUUGGCAGAUGUGCGAAACCGCCUCGUUGGCGAUUGCCUGGCGGGAGCCGCCUUUCUGUCGUACUUGGGUGCUUUCACCUUCCAGUACCGGCAGGAGGCACUGGAGAAGAUGUGGCUGAAGGACAUACGUGAACGAGACAUUCCCCUCACGGAAGACUUUGCAAUUCAACGUCUCCUCACUGACGAAGUUUCCAUCUCGCAGUGGGCCAGUGACGGUCUACCAUCGGAUGAUCUCUCGGUACAGAACGGUAUUCUCACCACGAUAAGCACACAGAGUCUUGGUAAGGGCCGGAAGGCCGGACGCGUUCGCUUCCCACUUUGUAUCGACCCGCAGAUGCAGGCUGUAAACUGGAUCAAGCGUCAACACAAGUCCAACCCGCGGUUUGAGUGCGCCUCAUUCAGCGACUCCGACUUCUUGAAGCGGCUGGAAUUCGCCAUUCAGUACGGUAACCCCUUCUUGUUCGAAGGCGUGGACGAGUUUAUUGACCCCAUUGUUGACUCGGUGCUGGAUCCACAGUUCCGCGAGGACUCGGGUCAGCGUGUCAUACGCAUUGGCGACAAGGAUGUCGUGUGGGACCCCAACUUCAAGCUGUACCUCUGUACGAAGCUGCCUAACCCAGAGUACCCGGCAGAGGUCUUCGGUAAGACAAUGGUGAUUAACUACGGCGUCACGGAGGAUGGUCUCGAGAGUCAGCUGCUUAACUAUGUUGUGGCGAGCGAGCGCAGCGAUCUCCAACGUCAGAGUGAAGAACUUGUUCAGACCAUGGCAGAAAGCCGCGCACAACUGAAGGAGCUUGAGGACACUCUGAUUCGUGAAUUGACAUUGGCAACUGGAAAUAUCCUUGACAAUGAUGAACUGAUUGCAACUCUGGAGAACACAAAGAGCAGUGCUACAGAGGUACAACAAAAACUCGAGCAGGCCAAGGAGACGGCACGUGUUACGGAGAUUUCGCGUCAGGAGUACCGACCGGCAGCUAGGCGUGGCGCCGUCUUGUACUUUGUCAUCUCGGAACUUUCAGCAAUCAACUCCAUGUACGAGUAUUCCCUUUCUGCAUUCCUGCACGAUGUGUUCGGCUACUCCAUCACGAAGAGUGAUGCUUCCUUUGAGAUUAAGGAUCGCCUCAAGAAUAUCAUUCGUGCUCUCACAUAUAACCUUUACUGCUACGUGUGCAUGGGUAUCUUUGAGAAGGACAAGCUAAUGCUUUCCUUCCAGAUAGCCAUCCGCCUCCUCUCGCAGGAGGACCGCAUGGUUCACAGUGAGUUGGAGUUCUUCCUUCGUGGUUGUGUGCUGGCAUCGAAGGAUUACCCAUCGAACCCUGUCGACUGGUUAACAGAGCGUCAGUGGAAUGAUGUUUGUCGGCUUUCUACCUCAUGUGAGGUCUUUUCGAAUCUUUGCAGCGAUGUGGCGAAUAAUACUGAAGAAUGGCGCAGGUGGGCUGCAUUGGAUCGUCCCGAAGACCGAAACAACGUUAUUCCGUGCAGGUACAGUGAUCACAUUAGUGAGUUCCAGCUGCUUUGCCUUCUCCGCUGCUUCAGAGGCGAUCGUAUUUACACUGCUGCCACCAACUUCAUCAGUAACUGUGAUCUCCUUGGUGAACAGUACGUUAUUCCACCGAUUCUGCGUUACAAGGAUGUGUUGGACAAGAGCUCUGCUACUGCACCCAUUGUGUGCAUCGUUUCCCCUGGUGCCAACCCAACGGAUGAGAUCAUCAAGUUGGCGACGAAGGAGGUGGGUAUUCAAAAACUACGGCCCAUUUCACUGGGGCAGGGACAGGGUGAAGAGGCUAUGAAGCUUGUCGAGGUAGGCGUAGUACGUGGCCACUGGGUUCUACUGCAGAAUUGUCACUUACUGACAAAGUGGAUGAAGGAGCUUGAGAAGGUUAUUGAGAAGAUGGAUCAGACGCCGCCACAGGAAGAGUUCCGUCUUUGGCUCACCACGGAGCCGAGUCGAGACUUCCCUAUGGGCAUCCUGCAGCGGUCCUUGAAGGUGGUUAACGAGCCACCCAACGGACUCAAGAUGAACAUGAAGAAUACGCUCUCCAAGGUUACGGAGGAUCAACUUGAUGCGUGCCAGCAUAGUGCCUUCCGCCCGCUAGUCUUUACCCUUGCCUUCUUUCACGCGGUUGUACAGGAACGGCGCAAGUACGGCAAGAUUGGCUGGAAUGUUGUGUACGAUUUCAACGAGACAGACUUCUCUGUGUCCAUGCGCCUACUUGACACGUACCUGACAAAGACCUAUCAAAACAAUGACCCAAUUCCGUGGGACACGUUGCGUUACCUUGUCGGUGAAGCCAUGUACGGAGGUCGUGUGACAGACAGCAUGGACCGCCGUAUUGUCAAGACAUACCUGGAGGAGUACUUUGGGGACUUCCUUUUUGAUACCUUCCAGUCAUUCCAUUUCUACUUCAACGAUGAGGUUGACUACUGUCUUCCUCCUGACAGCACGGACUCGAACAAGCGGGUUACGUUACAACAGAUGGUGGCGCUGGUGGAGUCUUUCCCGAAAGAUAAUACUCCGGAGGUUUUUGGACUGCAUCCCAACGCAGAGACGGGGUACCUUCGCAAUGCAGCAGAAGGAAUGUGGGCUAGUUUGAUUGAACUGAUGCCUCGUUCUGGUAAUGCAGCGGCACUUGGCAGGGAGUCGAGAGAGGAUGUUCUCUUGAAACUCACACAGGAGAUCUUGACUCAGAUUCCAGAGCCACUGGACCGAAAGCAGAUCAUGCGAAAGGAGAGGGACCGCGCGCAAGAGAAGGGGCACAGUAAUCUGCAGCCCACCCAAGUUGUGCUUCUACAAGAAAUUGAGCGUUGGAAUAGACUGGUUGGAGUCAUGGUUUCAUCCCUUAGGGAGCUGCAAAAGGCUCUUUCUGGUGUUAUUGGUAUGAGCAAUGAUCUUGACGAACUUGCGUCAGCUCUGCACAAUGGUCAGCUACCAAGUUCGUGGAAGAGGUGGGCGCCCGCGACGCGGAAGAACCUGGGACGCUGGUUAGCCCAUUUCCAUCGGCGCUGUAAGCAGUACACGGACUGGGCCGUGAAUGGCGAGCCCAAGUGCAUGUGGCUCUCUGGCCUCAUGGUGCCGGAGUCAUACAUUUCUGCCCUUGUGCAGGUAACCUGCAGGCGCUACAAGUGGCCGUUAGAUCGCUCAACCGUCGUGACAACUGUGACGCCAUUUGUUUCCUCAUAUGAUGUGCGGGAGCGGCCAAAGGACGGUGCGUAUGUUUCUGGACUUUACAUUGAGGGUGCCCGCUGGAAUACAACCAAGCACUGUCUCGCACCUCAGAUGAAGAAGGUGCUGAUCUCGGAGAUGCCUGUCAUGCAGAUCAUCCCGAUGGAGUCGUCUAAGCUUAAGUCGGUGGCAAUGCUGAAGACGCCGGUGUAUGUCACUUCUGACCGCCGCAAUGCGGCUGGUGUUGGCCUUGUCUUUGAGGCCGAUUUAGCGACUGACGCUCACCCAUCCUUGUGGACACUGGAGUCUGUCGCGCUUAUCCUGGACUCAGAUGACUAG